AUGUGGAACACUAAAAGCACAACAAAAAAAUAAAAAAUAAAAAAAAAAAGUAAAAAUUAUACCUCUCUUCUUUAUUUUCUCAUUUUCAUCUUCCUAUCAACAAAAAAGCAGCCCAUUUUGAGUUCGCACUUUCAUUUUGAUUCGCCAAUCAUCUUCAGGCACUCCAGAGAAACCCUAACAAUUCGCAAAUAGAUGUAUCUAUCUAUCUAUAUAUCUAUCACCAUACAUAUAUCCAUUUGCAACCUUCUAUAUUGAGAAGAGAGAAUUCUAGAGAGAGAGAGCGUUGUUCGGAUGUGCUAAAUGGGUGCUGCGGGCUCCAAACUCGAGAAAGCUCUCGGCGAUCAGUUCCCCGAAGGCGAACGAUACUUCGGACUCGAGAAUUUCGGCAAUACUUGCUACUGUAACAGCGUAUUGCAGGCUCUUUAUUUCUGUGUUCCAUUUCGUGAACAGUUACUAGAAUAUUAUGGAAAUAACAAAAAUCUUGCGGAUACGGAAGAAAAUCUCCUGACAUGCCUGGCAGACUUAUUUAUGCAGAUAAGUUCACAGAAGAAGAAAACAGGUGUGAUUGCUCCAAAACGCUUUGUACAAAGAUUGAAGAAGCAAAAUGAGAUUUUCCGCAGCUAUAUGCAUCAGGAUGCCCAUGAAUUUUUGAACUAUCUGCUGAAUGAACUCGUUGACAUAUUGGAGAAAGAGUCCCAUGCUGCAAAGAGUGAUCCAGAAACUUCGUCACCGCCUGAAAAAAUUGCAAAUGGGCCGAAGACUGUUCAUGCCAAUGGAACUCAAAAAGAACCUUUGGUUACCUGGGUGCACAAAAAUUUUCAGGGUAUACUCACUAAUGAAACAAGGUGCUUGCGGUGUGAGACGGUAACGGCAAGGGAUGAAAUGUUCUUUGAUUUGAGUCUUGAUAUUGAGCAGAACAGUUCAAUAACAAGCUGUCUGAAAAAUUUUAGUUCCACAGAGACUUUGAAUGCGGAGGACAAAUUCUUUUGUGACAAGUGCUGCAGUUUGCAGGAGGCCCAGAAGAGAAUGAAGAUAAAAAAGCCACCUCACAUUCUGGUCAUCCAUCUAAAACGGUUCAAGUACAUUGAGCAGCUGGGCCGAUAUAAGAAGCUAUCUUACCGUGUUGUUUUCCCGCUUGAGCUGAAGUUGAGCAAUACAGUGGAGGAUGCAGAUGCUGAGUAUUCCUUAUUUGCUGUAGUCGUUCAUGUUGGGAGUGGGCCCAACCAUGGACACUAUGUCAGCCUUGUGAAAAGCCAUAACCAUUGGUUAUUCUUUGAUGACGAGAACGUGGAGAUGAUUGAUGAGUCCGCUGUGCAGACUUUUUUUGGGUCAGCACAGGAGUAUUCUAGUAAUACAGAUCAUGGAUACAUCUUGUUCUACGAGAGACUUGCUGCAGGGAGCACGAGCUGAGAAGAGGAGAUUCAAUUUUACUACGAGACUUGUGCUUAUCAGGUCAUAUCAGAGAUUUGCACGUCGGUAAUCAGUGAUGAUCGAGAUGAUUUUGGGCAGUCUGAGCCUCAUAGGCACGUGUCAAGGUCGAGGGUAUGAAGCACUAUCUGACCUUCUAGUUUGCAGUUCUUUCGUUGGACAGUUCUGGUGACUGAAAUGUGUGCCUGUGGGGGGUGCUACUACGAUAUUUCAUCCCAUGAGUCUUUAGAUGCCGUAGUUGCAAUUACUAGUGUAUUACUUUGUCUGCACAAUUGUGGGUGGUGACUAGUUGGUCAGCCCUAACACCGCCUCCCGGGUUAAAAUUUGUUUUAUGAUCGUCUAAUCUCGUAGAUUAGGCUGCAUCUUGACCUGCAAGUAGGGAUGUCGAUUGAUACGAAUUUCAGGUAACUUUUCUCCUCAAAUUCUGGCAGUAGCAGCAGCAGCAGCAGCAGUAGUGUGGUUUUGGACUUUUGGAGGAAAGAGGAAGUUAUCAUGCCCUGCGUGCCUCAUGGUAUUACUAUACGCACAUAGGCAUUUGUGUCCCAUAGAAUCUUACAAGUGAAAUGAUAAGCCUUGUAAAAGCAACAUUUCAGUUGAUCAAGUCUUUUUAUUUUUUAGUGCCAUGUGUUUCUACUGAUAAUAAUUAAAUUGUUGCUGUUUUUAAGGAGUUGAAUGAUUUUUUUCCCUCUUAAUUAUUAUACCAAACAUGAUUCAAGUUAUUUCUCCUUUA